AUUUUUAUACUUUUCCCUCAAACCCACAUAGCAUCUCUCUCUCUCUCUAAGAAGCGAUUAGCGAGAGUCUUUCGUUUUUCCUCUCCUGGGCUCGUCCUCUGACUCUUCUACGAAUUCAACCUUGGUAGCCCAUGAAACCACAACUCUCUUAGACCAGCCGAGUAGACCCAUUUCCUCAGGUACGAUUCUCCACGUGGGUUUUGAAGUUCUGGUGCUUCCAUGGAGAUGGAUUUAGUUCAACUGAAUCACAAUGUGGAUUGUAUUGAAGACACGUCAGCUGAGCAGUUACUUUCUCCAGUCGCCUCUGAUGCAUACAAUGUCUUUGGAGAUCCAGAGAUGUUUCCUCGAGUUGGAGAUCAAUAUCAAGUUGAAGUUCCAUCACUAAUCACAGAAUCUGAAUAUCUUUCUUAUAUGAGGAACCCAACUGAUGCAGAAAUCAUUUCUGUUGUUCCUCGUGACUUUCUAAUGGGAUUACCUAUGCCAAUAAUGUGGAUCAAUAUGGAAGUUGAAAACGUGAAAUGUGAGAUGGUAAAAUCGUCUGGUUAUUCCAGUGACGAUUCCAAUAAAAACGGAUCCUUAAGAUCUGAGAGCAUGAGUGAGACCGAAACCAAUGUAAAAGAUGAAGAUUCAAAACUUAAAGUUGAGUCCUCGGGAAUUGCAUUGCACUAUGGGAUAGGAGUAGGAGAAUCGACAUACUUAGCUUUGGAACAAGAAGUGAGAAGCAAAAUGCAUCAGAAGUGCAGAGGUCCAGGUUACUGUUUAGUUCCUGGUUCCUUGGGUGAUUCAUGGAGUGAUAUUGAAGAGGCUGGUUUCCUCCUUGGUUUAUAUAUCUUUGGGAAGAACCUUGUUCAGGUGAAGAAAUUUAUUGAGAGUAAAAAGAUGGGAGAUGUACUGUCAUUCUAUUAUGGGAAGUUUUAUAGAUCUGAUGGAUACUGUAGAUGGUCAGACUGCCGGAAGAUGAGAAGCAGAAGGUGUGUAUAUGGGCAGAGGAUUUUUACUGGAUUGAGGCAGCAGGAAUUGUUAUCUCGUUUGCUUCCCCAUUUGUCAGAAGGAUGCCAAAAUACAUUGUUGGAGGUCUCUAAGACAUUUGGAGAGGGGAAAAUUUCAUUGGAAGAAUAUGUCUCCACUUUAAAAGCUAUGGUCGGGAUGAAAAAUAUUGUAGAGGCGGUGGGAAUUGGUAAAGGAAAGCAAGACCUCACAGGUUUCGCCAUGGAGCCUCCCAAGUCCAAUCAUGCCAUCUCGGCACGCCCAGAGAUUCCAAUUGGGAAAGCAUGCUCUUCUCUUACACCUGGGGAAAUUAUCAAGUUUCUAACUGGAGAUUUUCGGUUGAGCAAAGCUCGAUCAAAUGAUUUGUUUUGGGAAGCAGUUUGGCCCCGUCUGCUAGCAAGAGGAUGGCACUCAGAGCAGCCUAAGAACCAGGGCUAUGCCGCUGGUUCCAAGCAUUCUUUGGUCUUUCUAGUGCCUGGUGUUAAAAAGUUCUCAAGAAGGAGACUAGUGAAAGGAAACCACUAUUUUGAUUCUGUUAGUGAUGUCUUGAGUAAAGUUGCUUCAGACCCAGGACUCCUUGAGCUCGACAAUGAAGCAGAUGAAGCCAACAGAAACAAGGAAGAAUGUGUCUGGACCACUGAAACAAAAUUGGAACAAGAUGAUUUGUCUAAUCGGCAGCGUCAUUGUUAUCUUCAGCCACGAACUCCAAAUCGCAAUAUUGAUGAUCUCAUGAAAUUUACUGUAGUGGAUACAAGCCUGGCUGAUGGGAAAACAUUCAAGGUAAGGGAAUUAAGACCUUUGCCUGUCAGUGUUUCUAAAGUGAUCUCGUCUAGAAUUCCUUCUGAAGAAAGUGAUGGGGAUACUUCUGAGAUGUCAACUGACGAAUCGGACUAUGGUGAUACCUUCUCAUUUGAUCAAAAGGGGACUAAUAAUUCCAAACCCACAAAGUUUAUAUCUGAUAUGGGAAUAUUUUCUGAUGGGAAAAAUCUUGAAUUUGGUGCUUCAAACCAAGAAGUUCCAAUUAAUGGUCCAGAAUCUACAAAUGCACCUUUGAAAAAUUCCAAGGACCACAAGUGUGAAGAGAAGCAGCCAAGAAAGGCUGCAAAGUGCAACGUAAGUCGGAAGCUGAAACAAGAGAGCUUAAAUUAUUUAGCCCCGGUCACAAAACGUCGUCGGAGAUUAAGUGCUUGUAGCCGUGCAGAGACAAACCAUGGUACGGUCAGUUUCUCGGUCAGCACCGGAUUGGAGCAAGAGAAGCGGAGUUGCUGCUCAGACACUCCAGAAUCAAGUGAGACCAAUUUCUCAGAGAUGGGUUCAUCUCAGAAGAGAAUGUCAUCAACCAGUUCAUCUAAAGGCAGCCCUAUUGAUUGCAGUGAAACCAAUUUUAAUGUGGAACAUCCUUAUGAGAAACCUCAAUCCGUGACACUGAUUGACCUGAAUUUGCCUCACGUCACACCAGAUUUUGAAACUGGUGAAAUCUUCAUGAUGGAGUCAAGAGAAGGACAAGAUGAUCAGACAAGCAAGAAGCCUGAUGAUUCUGACGCACUAAAAACCUCAAUGGGUAUGGCUAGUUGUGAGCAGCAGUCUAACAUGAACUCUCGGCGGCAGAGCACGAGAGUCCGGCCACCAACAGCAAGGGCGUUGGAAGCUCUUGCAAGUGGGUUCUUAACCAUAAAUCGGAGGCAGAAGAGGGAAAAGACUAAUCCACGAGAGAACUUGACAUCAAGAUCUCGACGUGCACGCAGUGGGGUAGGCAUUGCCGAUAAUUUGGGUAUCGCUACUGCAGCUUCUAAGGUAGGAGAAUCUGAAAAUGGUGUGUUAUCAUUGGUAGGAGAGUCUGAAAAUGGUGUGUGUAAUGAUAACGACGACAUCAUCAGCAAAUUUCAGGAUCUAUCUGAGGGAAGGGCUCAAGUUUCAGGCCUCUAAGUUGGUGAGAUGAUAAGCUCUAAACUUUUUUGUGGAGGAAGAAUAUGACUUAUACCAGCAUUGGUUUUACUGUACACUAGCAGGAGCGCUAUGGUCUUGUUACAACUGUGAAAGAGCUCUUGUUGUAUCUCUGUUUGCAGCCUCAACAACCCAUGAUAUUCAGAGGGCAUAGCAAUAUCUUUUACACUUCUAAAUGCUGGUCACUGAAACACAAACGGGUAACAUAGACAUCUUGCUUAGAUGCUAAUUUCGUCAAUUAAAAGCACGGCCAGCUGUGACAUUCUGAUGAUUGGAAACAAAAGAUGAUGAAAUUUUGCUCCUGUCAAAUUUUAGUUAAAGAUCAUUUGAUGGGACAAAAGAUUAUUCUUUGGUGAACACUUUGGAGUGUCUGAUCACAUUUAUCUGUUCUUUUACUGAGGUCUGAGGUUGGAUUGGGGAAAGUUACGGCAACUGUCUUGAUUAACAUUUAGGUGGCCAUUUCUGUUGCUCUCAUUCUGAUCAAGUUUAUCCGACGACUAUGCUGCUACAUUAACAAGUGAGUCCAUUAUAGCCCGGUUUUGGUGGAUGCAGUCUCUUUUAGUAUUCUGUAACACAGGGAAUCAAAAUUUCGGUGAUUGCCAAAAGAGAAGGCAUGAAUUCUUGCAAUCUUGUUGGCAAUAAAACCUGAUGUUACUGUUACUUGUUUCACUUUCGAAUCUUCAGCUUCAAUAAGAAAAGUGAUAUACAAUAUAUCGUUACUGAUUUCGUUUUGAAUUCCCAUAUAGAGAGCAAUCAACAAUUCCUGUGGAAUGGAAAAAACUUUUUUUUUU